UUCAUGUCUUCCUUGACGACGGUUGUCACUUUGAUGUUACAUCGACGCCAUUUUUCAUGCUACAUCUGCACUUUGCUUGUCUGAAAGCGUUAUUUUCCUAUCCUUUAUUGCAAUUCUUGAACCUGACACCAUGAAUGCGAGCACUUAUGUUCAAGUUGAUCGGAUGAUCUGGUUCCUCCAGCCUCUGUCCCAACUGACUUAUCCUGCCCCUUGCCAUCAACCCACUUCAAAGUCCCUGACCAUCCCUGCCCACUUGUCCCACCUGCCCGUCCCACAGACCCUUCGCCCCAGCACUGUCCCUUCUGUGUCCCUCACUAUCGCUGGUCAGUACAUCGUGGACGACACUGACUUUGUUGAAGUAGAUCUCGUGGAUGAGGAGAUCAUCCAGCCAACGCACUCCUUCCUGAAGGCCUUGCUAUCUAGGGUGGCCAACUUCUUCAGAAGAGUCAAGAGUGUGUUUAAGAAGAAGGAUGAUUAGGCAGUGAACUCUGAACACAUAUGUAUAUACUUAUAUACAAAACAUUUAUGAAUCAUUUUAGGACUGUUGAGGCAUUUGUUACAAUAUUUGGGAAAUACAUAAAAUCUAUCUCUGUUUGUUUUUGGCUAUUUACUUUAUGUUAAUGAAAUACAUUAUUUGUAACAACAUUUUGUUUUGUUUUGAUUGGUUCCUUUUCUGCUAUUUUCUGGCUAUGUUCUAGACUAACGCAGUGGCCCAGUCGUCU